UCCGUCCAACAACAAAAAAAAAAAAAAAGAGAUUUUUUCUAGGGUUAGCGUAGCCUCAAACUCAAAAGUCUCUUCUUUGAAGGAAGAUAAUCGUUUCUCUGGAGCUGCUGAUUACGAAUCUGUUCGCUCUAAUCCUCCUCUCGAUUUCAAAUCUGGCUACGCUCUCUGGUGAGCAAACAUAUUUAGGAAUCUAGGAGGAAUUUUGGGCUUUUCUUAAGCUCGAGAAGCAAUUGUUCUUCACUCUGGCCGCUUCUGCAAAGCCGCGUGCUUCUCGCACCUCUGCACAGGUGUGGGGUGGCCUUGAAGUGGUGACUUCACUCUCUCCUCUUCCCAGGAUUUCUCUAGCUUCCAUCAUUUGGAGACUCCGCCGUGUUUCCCAGGGUCUCACCCUUGAUUACGGCUAACGUUUGUUUACACACACAUCAACCUCCACAAUUACUUGAUCUCAUUGUUUAUACUUGUUCUUGUCUUUGAGUUAGAACAGUUUUUUUUUUAGUUUUUUUUUUCUUUUUUUUAGUUGUUCUACUGGGUUAUGUUGUCUAUGUUAUUGAGUUUGGCACAAUGGUAAGGUUUUUCUGCUUCAACUCCCGCAUCCCCCGCCAUAGACCUAAGGAAUCCGUGGACGGGUUUUCAGAACGAGUGAUCAGGGAAGAUGGGUCUAACUCUAAAAGAUUGAGCUCUGUCAUAUCCACCGGUGAAAGCAGCAAGCUAGCUGCCUCUACCGCUGCUACUGAGCGUGUCUGGAAAUCUGAGGAGAUUAAACCAAGUGAGCAUGAAACUGGGAAGCAUCAUGUAUGUCAUCUCAAGAAAAGUCAGUCUCACGGAGAUGAACUAUACUUGGAUGGGAGGGAUGCUACAGAGAAUGGAACAGAUGACGAUGGCACAGAUCGGAUUGCUUCUCCAGAUUCUCUUGAACACAAAGAUACUCUUGCGGCAGGAAGCAGCACCAAGCGUCUAGAAAGAAGUCCUGUUGUGUAUCAGAAAGAUCUUCCAGCUUCAGUUUCUGCUUACCAGGGUUCUGAUCAAGCACUCUAUGGCUCUAUUUUCUCGGUUCAUGCUGAUCAAGACAGCCGUCAGCUCGAUGAUAUCUCGUUAUACGGUGAACUGAUGGACAACUCAAACAGCCAAACCCCUAAUGGUUCACCGUUGCUUGUGAGGUCGAACUCAAUGCCUAACAUUGCGGACUCUGGAUCAGGGAAAUCUUCACCUCUCAAGUACUCUUCUCACCACUCUAGAUCCUCAGAUGACCUUUGUGCUCUACGCAGACGCCAAAGAGAUAAACAUGUCCACGAAACUGAUGCACAAGUGAAGCAAGAUCAAGAGGACGGAUAUGAUGAUGCAAAUGGUUUUUCUUCCAUGGCAAAAGAUUGGAUAGUACCAGCUACAGACGAGCUCAACUCAACAAAGUUCCUUGAAGGAGAAACAUCAAACCAGCCUGCAAAAUAUCUAGGAAAAGAUUUUAAAAUCAAGCGUAUUGCAGAUUGGGUCAACGACCUUCAGCAUGUAAACUCGUCAGCGGAAGAAGCUGAAGAAAUAACAGGAUACGACGAUGAUGAGUUGGAAAGAGAACCCUUAAACGAGCCAACAGCAGCUUCUCCUAGUGUUGAUGUAAUGAAGUCAACUCCUGGAAUGGAAGCUGCAAAAAAGUAUUUUAAUUCUCUGAGUGCUUCUGCAACCACAGCACAGCUGGUUAGUCGUGGUCUUGUUGUGAUACCACUCCUAAGUAAAUUUGUUUCUCUGAGAGUUCUCAAUCUGUCCGGAAAUGCAAUAGUUAAGAUAACCGCUGGUGCUCUUCCUCGAGGACUGCAUUCAUUGAACUUGUCAAAGAACUGUCUCUCAGUGAUCGAGGGCCUGCGUGAACUCACUCGGCUUCGAGUAUUAGACCUGCGUUACAACAAAAUACUGAGACUUGGUCAUGGUUUGGCUUCUUGCUCCUCCCUGAAAGAACUAUACCUUGCUGGGAACAAGUUAAGCGAAAUUGAGGGACUUCAUCGUCUCUUGAAGCUCACGGUCUUGGAUUUACGCUUCAAUAAGUUUUCAACCACCAAAUGUCUAGGCCUGCUCGCUGCAAAUUACAGUUCUCUCCAGGCUAUAAGCUUGGAAGGCAACCCUGCACAGAAGAAUGUUGGUGAUGAACAACUGAGAAAGUACCUUUUGGGACUCCUGCCACAUUUGGUGUACUAUAACAGACAAGGCGCCAAAGAUGCUAGGCUGGGGACAAGCACGCUUCAGUUAGAACGAGGUCUCAGAUCAGAGCUCAAGAACAACAGUCGGAAGAGUAGCCAUGGUGCAUCGAGUACCCACAAAGCAGGAUCAUCCAACGCUGCUCGUAAAGCUUCGGGUGCGCAGAAAAGAUCAUCAAAGGAGAGAAGCAGCAGCCGUCUUCCACCUGUGGGACACAAAGUAUCAACAGCUGCUUACGAGAAUUAUUACGUUGCAAAUGGUGAUAGAUUGGCUACUUUGAGAUCAGAGCUCUCUAUGCGCAGAACUCGUAGCGAAGGCAAUCUUGAACCUAUCUGAGAGGUAAUGAUGAAGAAGAAGAAGAUGUUUCUUUCUUCACCAUCUUCUCUUACAUGUUUCAUCUAUAUGUUUUUUCUUUGUUGUUGUGCAUUAAAAGUUACAUCAGAGAAGCUUUGUUUCUUUCUUAUAGCUUCUCAAUAAUGUCUGAAACUGGAAACCAUGUUAUACAUUCUUUUCAGCACAAUUUGAGAUUAUAUGUUGCACUGA